AUGAGUAGCAUAAGGAGUGGAUCAUCAAAGUCAAGGCCUUCGGUAUUUUGGCAGGAGUUGGAUACGGAGUUGAGAAGACUGCGCAGGAGCGGAGUGAUAGAGAAGUGUCCCGUGAUUGAAGUGGGACACAAGACGUACUAUGACUGUGGAGUGGUUCGUAAUUAUGAGUAUAGUGAACAUGAAUCUGUGGUGGAAUAUCAAGCUGAUGCGGCUGAGUCAUAUGAGGCAUUAUUGCAACGACGGUAUAACCGGUUACUCCGAGCAUUGGACUAUCCACUGAUGAUUGAUACAUUAUGUACAACAGCAGAUUACCAUUAUAUAAACCCGCGUAUUCAUCAACAUAUAAACCAUCAACUUCGACUAUUCUGUCUGUCAUUAUCCAACAAGAUUUCUAAUGUAAAAACGGCUCUCAAAAUAUGCUGUAACGAUGAGGUCUUGAAAAGGAUACGAUACGACUUAUAUUGUGGCCGUCUGGUUGUACCAAGACCUCAUAGUAUCGAAUUAUCUUUGCGAAAUGUAUUAGUACAAAGUAAACUUAUAAUUGGCAAAAAACAUCUGACAAUACAGGACUGUAAUUUACCAUUAAUAAGCUCGAUAACACGCAAUCGUUUCAUUGAUAACAUCCACCUUCAACUUAACGAACUCGUGACACUCAUUGGCACUGAUACACAAUACGACUGCUCAAGUUAA